GGCCACGCGGUAUUGCCAGGAGGCUAGGAGGUCCAACACAAUCCAGCUGACAAGGAUGGACUACGCCAUGAAGUCUCUCAGCCUUCUGUACCCCAAGUCACUGUCCAGGCAUGUGGCAGUGAGCACUGCCGUGGUGACCCAACAGCUGGUGUCUAAGCCCAGCCGGAAAGCCCCCAGGGCAAGGCCCUGUCGAGUUAGCACAGCAGAUCGGAAGGUUCGCAAAGGCAUCAUGGCUCACAGCCUGGAGGACCUCCUGGGCAAGGUCCAGGACAUCUUGAAGCUUAAAGACGAUCCCUUCUCCCUGGUGCUGGAGGAAGACGGCACGGUUGUUGAGACAGAGGAAUACUUCCAAGCCCUAGCAAGAGAUACUGUAUUCAUGGUCCUGCAGAAGGGGCAGAAGUGGAAGCCCCCGUCAGAGCAGCGCAAGAAGAGAUCCCAGCUAUCCCUUUCCCAGAAGUCCACUAAGAAGAUCGACGUGGCCCGGGUGACCUUCGACCUAUACAAGCUGAACCCUCAGGACUUCAUUGGCUGCCUGAACGUGAAGGCGACCCUCUAUGACACGUACUCGCUUUCCUAUGACCUGCACUGCUACAGGGCCAAGCGCAUUGUGAAGGAAAUGCUCCGCUGGGCCCUCUUUAGCAUGCAGGCCACAGGCCACAUGCUGCUUGGCACCUCCAGUUACAUGCAGCAGUUCCUGGAUGCCACUGAGGAAGAACAGGCUUCCAAGGCCAAGACCUCCUCCUUCCUCCCCGCCUGUCUGAAGAUGCUUCAGUGAAGACCUAAGUCCUCAGAGGCCUUCCCCAGCCAAGGAUGUGACUGGGGACCCUGCACUCUGCUUAGAAGCAUCCACAGGCCUGGCAGCUGGAGAACUUACUCACCUGCACCUCUCUCACAACGCAGCACCCAGUAAACCACAGGAAGGGCUGGAGCCCUGGGGUGGGCUGGUCACAGGAGAACUUCCUGGCCAGGCCCAGUUCCUACCUUCCUGUUGCCGGUAGCUUAAGGGACCAGCACUUGUCCCUGGCAGGCUGUGGCACAAAGUCUGCCACUCGGUCUUCACAUGCCACUCCUAUGUGCCCCUCCUUCUCUGGUGUCCCCUCCUGCUG